AUGGUUGAGCGGCUCCAUCGUGACCUCAAGGCGGCGCUCAAGGCUGUUUCUCCCACGCCUUGGGUAGAAGCACUUCCCAUCGUCCUCCUUUCUCUGCGGGCUACUGUCAGGCAAGACAUCGAAUGCGCACCGGCAGAGCUGGUGUAUGGGACGACACUCCGCCUUCCUGGUGACCUCUUCUCAUCGGCCUCUACUGCCGCGACACCCGAUUUCGCAUCCUAUGCCGAUCGCCUGCGUGCCACCAUGCAAGACCUGCGUCCGACGCCACCCCGACCUCCGUCCGCUCGGCUUGCCUAUCGACACCCGGACCUGGAAACCAGCUCCCAUGUUUUUGUCCGCCACGACGGCUCUCGUUCGUCCCUGCAGCACCCUUACGACGGCCCAUACCGAGUCAUCCGCCGCUCGUCCAAACAAUUCACCGUGGACGUCGCCGGCCGCCACCAGGUGGUCUCCGCGGACCGCGUCAAGCCCGCCUUCAUCGAAGAUGUUUCUACUGUUUCCGCCGCCCAACCUCUUCACCACUCCCGCCUGGGCCCACGCGUCCACUGGGCCUCUCCUCUCCGCACCCUUCACUUCUACAACCGUUCAACCAGGGCCUGUGGUGUUUAA